AUGAGCUUUUCUAAGUUCAAUUUUGCCUCAUCCACUUCAAGUUCUUCAUCUUCUGACGAAGAGAAUGAACUAAUACAUAAUAUGGUUGAUUAUGCCUUUCAAUACACAAUUCCUCCCAUUGUUUCAACACUACAACCAAGGGUGAGAACAAAAAAAAAAUGUCGAAUUCAAAGAGACCAUUCAAAAGGUCAUUCCCAACUAUUUAAUGAUUAUUUUGCUGAAAAUCCUACAUAUUCUUCUCGAUUGUUUCGACGUAGGUUUAGGAUGAGGAAACAUGUAUUUUUACGGAUAAUGGAAGCUGUCUCCAACAACGAUCCAUGGUUCACUACCAACAUUGAUGCAACUGGUAGAAAAUGUCUAAGUGCUUUACAAAAGUGUACUGCAGCUCUUCGUAUGCUAGCAUACGGGGUGGCUGCUGAUCAAGUUGAUGAGUACCUCCGAAUUAGCGAAAGCACAGCACGAAAAGCACUCAGUCAUUUCACAAAGGGAAUAAUCAACCAAUUUGGGCAACAUUAUUUGAGAAAACCAACACCACAAGAUUUGACGAGAUUAUUAACUUUUAGUGAAGAACGAGGAUUCCCUGGCAUGAUUGGUAGUGUUGAUUGCAUGCAUUGGGAGUGGAAGAAUUGCCCAGCAGCAUGGAAAGGGCAAUAUCAAGGCCGAGCUGGUGUUGCAACAUUAAUUCUUGAAGCUGUCGCCGAUCAUGACCUAUGGAUAUGGCAUGCCUUUUUUGGGAUGCCAGGUUCAUAUAAUGAUCUCAACGUGCUAUAUCGAUCACCUCUUUUAGUUGAUUUGUUUGAAGGAAGGGCACCACCUGUCAAUUUCACGAUGAAUGGAAAUCAAUACGGCAUGGCUUACUAUCUCACUGAUGGCAUUUAUCCUAAAUGGGCUACUUUUAUUCAGUCUAUUACUGAACCGCAAACAGCAAAAGCAAGGUUAUUUGCCCAACAUCAAGAAGCAGCAAGAAAGGAUGUGGAGCGAGCAUUUGGGGUGUUGCAAGCUCGAUUUGCAAUAAUUAGAAAGCCCUCACUUGCUUGGGAUGAAGAACGACUCUCUGAUAUAAUUACUUCUUGUAUAAUUAUGCAUAAUAUGAUAGUGGAAGAUGAAAGAGAUACAUAUACACACUAUGCUGAUGGUAGAGAGUUCAUGGGAGAUCGCCCAAAAGGUCAAUCAGAAGGUACAAGUGGAUUAAAUGAUGACUUUGAGUAUUACACAGAUAGAAUUGUUGAUAUCAAUCGAUACUUGGCAAAUAAGGAUGAUGUUGAAGAUCGACAAACACAUUUAUCCUUAAAAGAUGACUUGGUUGAAAAUAUCUGGCAAAAGUUUGGAGAGAACCGCAAUUAA